GGGAUGCUUUUCCUCUCACGAAGAUGGUGCACCACCGCCCAUAGCAUCAUUGUCUAUCGACAAUGGAAGCGAGUGGCAUCUACAGCUGUAAGGGCUGACCCGUCACUAUCCCUUUGGCGAGAGAGAUUCGGUGAAGAGGGCGAAAGAAUCCUUAAAAUCGUGUCUCGUCGUGUGGCCGAAAGGAAUGAACUGAUACAGUUGCUCGGCGGGAAUGCACACUCCCCUGAACAGAUUCAAAGAGCUAAAACUGCGAAGGAACUGGAGCCUCUCUGGGAGGCAUGGCAGGACUGGCAAAAGACGGAAGGGUCCUUUGAUGAAGUGAAAGUCCUUCUCGAGGACUCCGACCCUGAUAUCCGCAUGCUUGCCCAAGAAGACGAAGCCGCCUUGACGUCCAAAUUAAAUGAAUUUGUCAGUGGAACCUUCCCAACUCUGUUAAUGCCUGCUUCCAAAACAUCACACUAUACUGCCCUCGUGGAAAUAAAGGCCGGCGUUGGCGGGGAUGAAUCUGCUCUAUUUGCAGAAGAAAUGUCCCGCCUCUACACUCGUUUUGCGACAACACAGGAUUGGCAAUGUCAAGUUGUCAGUGAAACAGGUCACGAACAUGGCGGCAUACGAGAGAUCAUCAUCGAAAUCAAAGGGGAUGGGACGUAUGACGAAAUGCGAUGGGAGAAUGGAGUGCAUCGCGUACAACGAGUUCCAGCAACGGAGUCGACAGGCCGAGUCCACACUAGUACCAUCUCGGUGAUGGUGUUCCCUGUGGCUCCCCAAAGUGGGCAUGAUGCCGUAGAAGAGGAUAUCGUCGAUGAAAAGGAUGUGAGGAUUGAUGUCAUGCGUGCUCGUGGGGCUGGCGGACAGCACGUGAAUCGAACAGAGUCCGCUGUGCGUCUGGUCCACAUACCAACUGGCAUAACAGUUUCUAUGCAAGACUCUCGGAGUCAGCAUCAGAACAGGGCGCGAGCGUGGGAGAUUCUGCGCGCGCGAUUGCUGGAUCGAAAGCUUGCUGCAGAUGCCGAGAAGAAAAGGUUGACCAGACGAAGCAUAUUCAAAAGCGCAGAUCGUAGCGAGAAAGUUCGUACAUACAACUUUCCACAGGAUCGCGUGACCGACCAUCGCAUUGGAAUGACACUCAAGAAUCUAGAGUCCUUCAUGGACGGUACUCGCCUGCAUGAUGUCCACGAGGCCCUCAUCAGGGAUUACAAUGCAGCCGAGCUCGAGGAGCUCUUGGAAUCAGGAACCUCGCAUUAAUUAUAC